AUCACCAUAGAAUUUCUCUCUUUGAUGCACCAAUGCACAAAGAACCCAACAUUACUUUCCCUCAAAGUUCGAUUCUUUAGGUCGUUCACUUCUCAAAAGUUGGUACCCAAAAGAGCCAACAGAGAAUUUGCUGGGGCAUUCAGAGUCCUUAACCUUGUAACCCCAAAAAGGAGUCUCAUUGAUGUUGAAAAUCGUCGCAGUCAUCUUCAGCUUAUCGAGGGCAUGCUGCAAAACGAUGCUACAAAAACCAUUGUUGUUGAUGAUUCUAGUUUGAGGGCCACAAAAUCUGAAAGGAAGGAUCGUACCACUUUUAUUAUGGAACAAGGUUUGGAGAUUGACGUGUGCUUCUUAUCACGUGCUGUGAGCUCGUGUGGCUCCCGCCGUGACCUUUUUGGAGGUGUUCAAUAUCAUUGCUUGGCAAUAACAACUGGGUUCAUUGCCAAUGUCUAUGUUGGAAGCUCUUUGAUCAGUUUGUAUGGUAGGUGUGCAUUGUUGGGUGAUGCAUACCGGGUGUUCGAUGAAAUGCCUGAGAGAAAUGUAGUUUCAUGGUCAACAAUUAUCGCUGCAUUUGCACAAGAAUGGAGGGUUGAUAUGUGUUUGGAGCUCUUCUGUCAGAUGAGGGGCUUGGCUGCGUUGAAGCCGAAUUGUUUUACAUACACGAGUCUUCUUAGUGCUUGUAUGGGAAGUGGAGCACUUGGACAUGGAAAGGGUGCUCAUUGUCAAAUAAUUCACAUGGGUUUUCAUUAUUACCUCCACAUUGAAAAUGCUCUCAUUGCCAUGUAUUCUAAGUGUGGGGCACUUGAUGAUGCCAUGUUCAUAUUUGAAAAUAUGCAGCAAAGGGAUGUUGUCACUUGGAACUCCCUGAUCGCAGCAUAUGCGCAACACGGGCUGGCGCAAGAGGCAAUUUCUCUUUUUGAAGAGAUGAUGAAUCAAGGUGUUAAUCCAGAUGUGGUUACUUACCUUGGCAUAUUGUCCUCGUGUCGGCACGGAGGUCUUGUUAAAGAGGGUCAAGAUUACUUGAAUAACAUGAUUGAGCAGGGCGUGCAGCCAGAACUGGAUCAUUACUCUUGCAUUGUGGAUCUUCUUGGUCGGGCUGGCUUGCUUCUGGAGGCUCGUGAUUUCAUCCGAAACAUGCCUGUUUGUCCCAAUGCUGUGAUAUGGGGUUCACUGCUUUCAUCUUCUAGGCUUCAUGGAGAUGUUUGGAUUGGCAUCGAGGCGGCAGAGAGUAGGUUGUUACUUGAACCAAGGUGCACUGCAACACUUCAACAGCUGGCGAAUCUGUAUGCUAGUGUAGGUUGGUGGAAUCAGGUAGCACAAGUGCGAAAGUCAUUGAAGGACAAAGGUCUGAAACCAAAUCCUGGUUGUAGUUGGAUUGAAAUCAAAAGCAGAGUUCAUAGAUUUGAAGCACAAAAUAAGUCAAACAACAAAAUAACUGACAUUCUUUUGAUCAUGGGUAGUUUGUUUGAGCACAUGAGUAGUUUAGGUCUUCAGUCUCAGAUCUCUGGUGAGGAAAAUGUGUGGUCUUCAUAAUGCUAAGGGUAUCUCCAUUAUCGGGCAGUUCGCAUUUGUGCAGUACAAGCAAAAUGGACUGGUGUAAAGCUACCUUUCAUGCAUAGAAGAUGUUGUACAAGACUUGGGCCCUUCAUUCAAAGGAGGUUCUGUUUGCCAAACCAGUAAAUUCUAUAUUCUAAAGAAUUGAGGAUGAAGUUUAAUGGCAAAAACCGAUAAUUUGAACCAAAAGUGUUUUAUUCUAAUCACCUGGAGAAUGCUCUUGGAUAAUGUGGACAGGUGCAGGUUUGGUAAAGUCUGGUUCAAUUCCUUGAGAGUUGAGACAUGUGAACAAGAUUGAUCCCUGUAAGCACCCACAAAUGCUUUGAAGUUUAAAGAAGUUUUUGUGGCAGGUUUAUUGAAUGCUGCAGGAUCAACCAUGACAUGAGAUGCUACUGGUGUUCUAAAUAUAGAAAAUAGAGAAAGGUUAUACAGAUAUAUUUGACAAGAAAGAAGAAAAGAAAGGUUACUUGAAAGAGUUAUAGACAAUAUUAGAUAGAAACAAGGAUAUGUCACAGACCUGUACUAGUUUACUGAAUAAUUUUUUUCCCUCUUUAAUCCUAGGCCAAUAAUCUGAGAUUAAAUUAUGUAUUUACAAUAAUAUGUAAGGUAUUCUUUUGUCCCUUGGGCUUGGUUGGGUCACUCUCAAAAUUGGCCUAAGCUGAGAAGUAAGAAUCCAUCAAACAAGUAGUUGAUUUUAUUCUACAUAGUAUCAGUAGUUGGCAGAUUUAGUUGUAGUAAGACUAUUGGACUAUUGGUGAUUGCAUCAAUUUCUGUCAACUGCAUAAAUGAAAAAGAAAAAUGUGUUACCCA